AAGGAUAAACUUGUUCGAGCGGGAUAGUUCGCGUUUCUUCUCUAUGGUUAUCUUCGCUGGAGCUGUGAGUUACAGACCGGAAGGCGGCUUCUUGGGAGCGAAGCUUGUUCUUCUUCCCAGUUGGGAGUAAAGGUCCAGUUAGCAUGCCACAGGCUGAAAUUUGCCCUUCACGGCCUCUCUGAGCGCGGCUGUUCGACUCCUCUACGGGGCAGAAGACUUGGCUCAAGGGCUAUGCAGUCCGCUCACCCCGAUAGAAACGGCUAUGGUUUACUCAGAGAUAAACUCCAUUGAAUUCAGCAAGAUUCACUUAUAAAUCGUAACUUAGGACAAGACUGCCGGAAAGAACCCAGCUGAAAUUGAAUCUGCCCUACGACUUCGCUAGAGAGUUGUAGGAAACCACCGAAGGGCAAGAGGGAGAUUUGACUGACAAUGACUUGCUAAUGGCUCUUCCAGAAUUAUAACAAGAUACCUAAAGCAGUGAGCUCUCUCGGCUACAUUAAUCUAAAAUAUUGUUAUAAUAGUGUCCAAAUACUUAAGCAGAACUAACUUUUGUUUGCACAAAUAUUUUGAUGUGUUCAGAACUAUGGUCUACUUAUGGGCAAAUUUAUGUUUUUAAUUUGAACCUUAGCCUAACAUUCAAAUCAAAUUUUACUUAGCGUUGAUAGCUACGGGACAGUGAAUGAUAUAUGACACAGUAUAGGAUCUCGGUAUAAAGUAUCUCCAAGUAUCCUCCUCAUAUUAUGUUUCCUUUUUCAUAUGCAAAAUAUUGAAUAUAUAAAACAGGAAAGUAUUUUUUCAUUGGCUUUAAGAAUAGUCUUAAUUUUAUUGAACUGCUAAUUUCUUAUAGCAGUGGCAUCUUUUCAGAUGCUUGAAAAUGAUCAGUCUUGUGAACAGAGAGAGAUGUUGUGCUCAUAGAAAGACCUAGUUUCACAGAAUUAAAUUAAAAUAUUUGACAGUUGGGUAAACUAAUGGUUAAUGCAACACAAUGUCAAUUGUAUGUUAUCUUCCAGCUGGCUGGAUACUAGAUCACCUCUGUUUCAUAAAUAAAUCUGGAUACUAUUUUUGCCACUCUCUUGAGCAGUCAGCUAAGGAUAGUUUUAACAAUACUGUUAUUCCUGCUUCCUCAAGUAUGAGUUUGAUUCCCAUAAAAUCAUGUACAAAAAAAAAUAUUCCCAAAUUUAGAAACUCAGGAGAAAAAUCUAAUCAUAUGGUAAAGAGGACAUACUCAUUUCGAGAAGAAUUUUUUAAUGUACUUAAGCCCCAUAUUCCUCCAAGCUUCCAGACAGAAAAGCAUAGUGGGAUUAAUCUAGAAACUAGUAUAUCCAAACAGCAGAAAAAUGAUAAGGACAAGAAACCUGUUAUUACAGUUAAGGCUAAAAAGAAACGGAAAAGAAGCAGUGAACUUAAUCAUGGUGAAAGUGAUAUCUUAGAGUAUCAUUUAAAGAUCAGUGGCAUAAUUUUGGAUGGGACUAGAUGUUUAAUCCAGGAGGCACGCAGAAGUGGUUUCCUUCAGCCUAAUUCUAUAGACCAGUGUUAUGUCAAGGCAUCUGACAACGGACCCACUAAUUGCAGUUUGGCUGAGCUUUGUGAGAUGGCCAAGUGUUUUGUUUCCAUGAAUGAAAGAGAGCAAAAACAUGUAAUAGACAAGGAAACCUCUGACCCAGAACAAGUUCAAUUAACCUGUGUUACUGAAAAUAAUACAAACAAUGCGAAGAUGUUAACCCUAAUGGGACAGAAAUACUUAUUUCCCCCUAGAAGUGCAUUUCUUUUAUCAGAUUUUUCGUGUAUGCAGCCACUUUUGAAUUAUAAAAAGAAGUAUGACAUAAUUGUUAUAGACCCACCAUGGGAGAACAAGUCUGUUAAAAGAAGCAACAGGUAUGGUUUAUUAUCUCACUGGCAAAUCAAAGAAAUUCCUGUCCCAGCAUUGGCAGCUCCAAAUUGUCUUGUGGUCACUUGGGUGACCAACAAACAGAAGCAUUUACAAUUUGUAAAGAAUGAACUUUAUCCUCACUGGUCUAUCCAUGGUGUUGUUGAAUGGUUCUGGGUAAAAAUUACAAAGUCUGGAGAAUUUGUGAUUCCAUUAGAUUCUCUUCACAAAAAGCCAUAUGAAAUUCUUGUACUAGGUAGAGUCCAGAGAAAUACAGAUGUACCACUAAGGCUUUCAGAAGAUGAAAAGUGUUCUGCAAUUCCUGAUCAGAAAUUAAUUGUCAGUGUACCUUGUACUUUUCAUUCACAUAAGCCUCCUCUUACAGAGAUUUUGAAAGAAUAUACCAAGCCAGAUGUAGAAUGCUUGGAGCUGUUUGCUCGGAAUUUGCAACCUGGAUGGACCAGUUGGGGCAAUGAAGUCCUUAAAUUCCAGCACUUGGACUACUUCACGGUUUUACAGGAUAAUGAUGACUAGCAAAUCAUAAUUAUUUUUGAAGGAUUUUAUGACUGGGUUCUGAAUUUCCCCUUUGCUAACCCUAACUCUACAUUGUGAAAUAUAUGUAAACAGCCUGGAACAGUUUUCAAGAGCAGCUCUAUUUUGAUCAAAUGUCAAAAAAUAACAAGGAUGGAACUUGUUAUUCCAUACUUAGGUUGUAGAGGGCUUUGCUAACAGUAAUUGGAGGCGAAGGUACCAGCAGUAUGAUAUCUACAAUAGGACCCCUCCUGAAACAACUAAUCCAACAUCUCACAUCUGUUGGUCACUGUGGUAUUUUGCCUAUUUCCAUAAUCCUCCCAGGAAAAUUCUGGAUCAUACCUGCAUAUCCAGCAUCUGGCUCUUUGAAAGAUUGGCUGCCAUGAUUGAAAAACUCUUUAUUUCAUUUAAAUGUUAAAUAUUGCUUAUUUAUAACUCCUAGUUCUGUCAUUAGAAGUGUUUACAUUUUUAUGUUUUGUUGGGUUAAAAAGGAUUACAAUGAAGGUUAAAAUUUAAUUACAUAGUUUUUAGCAUUUUCUGGCUUGGAAAUAAUGGCUUUAGAAAUGUAAUUAAAGCUUCUCAUAAUAUCCCAUUUUUAAUUUAAUUUUCAAAUACUCAAUUUCAAAAAUAUUUUUACGGGCUUCAUUUAUUGUUAUAUGAUUUAAGUUGUGUUUUUAUUGUCUUGAGACCAACAAGGCUAAAACAAUAACUGGUUUGUGUGUGUCUUUUUUUAAAAAAAAGUAGGAUACAACAGAAGGAAAUAAUAUAUCUGUAUUCCUUUUACAACACAGUCUUCUACUUAAUUUCAUUGAAAUAGUAGCUACUCAGCAAAAGGGCUUGAUUUCCUGUCAAGGGAUAAAAUUUUAUUGCAUCUCUAAUCUUCAUAUAUAUAGCCACUUUCUUUCAUCAUACAGUAUUCACAGACAUACAACUGGUUUUACAGUCUGUAUUUAUCUCUGUUAAAGUCUUGGAAAGUUCUUGAAUCAACGUAUAGUAGAAAAGGUGUUCUCUUUGCAGGACAGUAUGCUAAGAGAAGUCCUGUUGGGGCACAUAUUGGGUUUUGAUAUUGAGGGUGAUCAGCACUUAAUGCUUUGGAACAUUUUUACUUUAAAAGGAGGAAUAAAAUACUUAAUUGGAAGUUAUUAUAAGAAGUCAGACUGGUUCUUUAAAAAUCCAUUAAUAUGUAAUUUUUAUUUUUUAUUUAUUUGUUAAAUUUAUU